CUCCACUGCAUGCAAAGUGUCUUUGGUGCAACGUUGGGCAGCUGUGUGACCUGUCAUCGGGGGGUCUUUUAAAAAGUUGUGUUUGUUUGUGGACGACUUUCAAGAAUAUCCUGCGACUUGACAUCACACAUUUGAAAUAAUUGACUGCAUAAGAAAACUUAAGUUAUGGUUUAAUAAAUAAAUUCAAAUAUACAAUUACUUAACAUGCAAGUAGAACAGAAUACUGUAGACACUAAUAAUUUAAUAUGAAUUGAUCUCAAUAAAACGUUUAACUGCCAGGUUCAACAACUAAAGGUGACUCGGUGUGGCUUUGAUCCGAUGUCAUUCGUCAGGUCUCUAAGUGCACCCCGAUGGCUGGAAGACAGAAGCUCCGAACGGACAGCGGCGGUCGCUCCGCGGCGGCGGCGUUGGAUGACAGCCCCGCGUCCAGUCCCAGCUCCAGUCCCAGUCCGGACGGCCCUCCUCGGGACCUCCAGCGGGCCCGGGUGCUCCAAAGCGGCGGCGGUAGCGGUGGCGGCGCCAGAGGACGCCCGGCGGCAGCGAACGCGGCGCGGGAGAGAAGCCGGGUGCAGACCCUGAGAACCGCUUUCCUGGAGCUACAGAGGACUUUGCCGUCCGUGCCGCCGGACACCAAGCUGUCCAAACUCGACGUGUUGAUCCUGGCCACCACCUACAUCGCCCAUUUGACUCGAACACUGCAGGAAGAAGGCGCGGAGGAGGCAGAGAGCAAAAAAAGGACGGACGCGUUGCACUCGUUGAAAGGUGAUGGCUACCUGCACCCAGUGAAGAAAUGGCCCAUGCGAUCCAGACUGUACGUCGGAGCCAGCGGACAGUUCCUCAACCCCACGAAUCCUUCGGAGUCCGAGAACCAAGGCCCGUCGUCGUCCACCUCCAGUAACAGGAUGAAAUAAUCCGUUUAAAACCAUUUCACAAUUGGCAUGAGUCCAUGCUGUUUACUCUGGUAGCCGAGUAUGCGUUCUGACUGUAGAUCUGAUUUGACUACAGCCUUACCGAGACAUUGCGAAGAGAUUGCAAAAUUAAUUUAUUACGUGGAUUUUAUUGUGUAAAUUGUGAGAAAGCACACGCUAUGUUUCUCUGUUGUUAUUUUGACUAAGCCUCUUUGGCCUGCAUUGUGCAGCUCCGCACAUGUCCAGGGUAUGAUAUUUGUAGAUUCCACGGCGUAACGAGCCCGUCAUGCUUGAGGUGUGCACUUUCAGUCGAAACAUUUGCACUAAAUGCAUGCGUGAAUAACUGAACAUCUGUCAUGUGAAGUGGUCUGUCAGAGGGUCGACAAUGGAGGCUCUGCGUCUCGUGUUCCUUACUUUUACAUGCAUGGUUGUAAAUGUGUUUGUGAAUAAAUGACUCCCGUGAAA